CCACAAAAGCUGGCAGAGGGCUGAGAAACUUGUGUCGAGUGGGCCAGACUGAGAGAGACGGGUAUCGGCCGGAUUGGAAACAGAACAAGUAGGCAAGUCGGGUGGCUUGUGACCGAAGCAAGAAGGCUAGCAGAUGCUGGCCCAGAAGGCUACUAACAGGAUGAGGAUAGUUCACCACAUGGGCCCACAGGGAUUAGGAGUCAGAGAGAGGUAAACAGAUUAGUCUAGAAAAAGAGGCAGAGUUUUUAACCUCAUCACUCCCCUCAUACCCUGCAGAGCAUCUUCCACCCACUCACACACUUGAGACCAAAUCUGUACCCAAGAAUCUGCACCAUCUGUCAGGAAUACCACCCAACUUACAGCAGUGCCCACAAACAGCCCCGUCCAUGGAAGCCUGGACACAUAAUCGAUGGAAAUUAACUCUUUCACUCUCGGAUGUGAGAAGUCGAUACGGACUGUCUUUUCUUUCCAAAUGAGCAACUUUACAUCCAAAAGGACAUAAUCUACUGCAACAUGCCAUUGAAAACAGGAUUAUUCCUCAUUCUGUUCUUGUUUACCCUCCAAGCCACUAGAAUAAAAGAACUCACUGCUGACGACUGGAUUCUCGGGAUCAGAAAUGUGAAGUACAGGCACUUCCUGGAGACUCCACAGCCAAUCAAACAGCUGACAGAUGGCAGAGAUUCACUUUCUCUAGAUGCGCAUCGAGCUAAGAGAUCAGCGCUGUUUGGUACGGGGGUGAAAGUCUGUCCUCAUGAGAGCAUGGCAGAGGUCAUCACCAGCCAUAAAGCUUACUACAAACUAAGAGUUUGUCAAGAAGCUGUGUGGGAGGCCUUCCGGAUCUUUCUUGACAGAGUUCCUGACACCAUGGAGUACCAGCAGUGGGUGUACGCCUGUCAGAGAGACUCGCUUUGCAUGGAGGAUCUGGCCCGAAAUUUUAGUAGCAGACAGGAGCAUCUUGACAUGGUAGCCAGUAGAGUGAAUGCUCAAGAUGAACAGGAGAGGGCUCUCACACCUGCACCAGGCGAGAAAUGUUCAAAGAGUCCUGCAGAGGUUUUCAUCAUGGAUUCUGACAGCGAAACUGGGGCACCAGAUGUUGUCCCUCAGAGGCUGGUGGAGCACACUGUGGAGUUUAGUGUGACUAUAGUAGACCCCGUCUACAGCGCACUACUGAGGGACCCAGGCAGCCCUCAAUAUGAUGACUUCACUCACAAUCUUCAUGAGAAGCUCCUGCCAUAUCUACAGUCCAACCUGACUGGAUUUAAGGAGCUGGAGAUUCUGAACUUCAAGAACGGCAGUGUGGUGGUAAACAGCAAGAUGAAAUUAAACAAACCAGUUCCAUACAAUGUUACGGAGACCGUUCAGUGUGUGCUCAAGGACUUCUGCAAUGCGGCGUCUAAGAGAUUGGACUUGGAAAUCGACUCCCAGUCAGUGGAUGUGGAACCAGCCAAUCACGCAGAUCCAUGUAAGUUUAUGGCAUGUAACGAGUUCUCCCGCUGCGUGGUGAACACGUUAACCACAGAGCCCGAGUGUCUGUGUGAUCCGGGCUACAGCACGGUGGACGGCAAUCCCUGCACCAGCAUCUGUGACCUACAGCCUGAAUACUGCCUGAACGGAGGCCUGUGUGAAAUCAUACCAGGACACGGAGCGGCCUGCAGAUGUCCUUUAGGUAAAUUCUGGCACUACCAUGGAGAACGCUGCAACGAAUUGGUGUCUGUGCCACUUGACCCUCUCCUUUCCAUAGCCUGCCUUGUGGGAAGCCUCUCAGUGGUUUGUUCUGUGAUAGGCAUCUUGAUUUUCAUUAACAAGAAAUGCAUACGGACCAGAAAGACCAUAAGACUUGUGAAUUUACAAUCAGCAUUCCCAUUUGGUAAUGCUAUGAGAGUAAAUCCAGUUUUUGAGAAUGACGAUGGGGUCUUAACACAUGUGUCAAGCAUGCUCUGUCCCAUGAGCUCUGACUCAGCCUCCUCACAACACUCAGGCCAAGGCACUUUUCGAUCACUUGAAAGUUUACAGCUUAGUACUGAGAUCCCCAGACAACUCGACACCAGAAGAUCAGAAAAGUUAAUGUCAGAAAUGGUUGACUUCCAUCAGUGUAUACCACAUAACAAGACGUGUCGGAGGUCCAGCAGGUCUUCUUGCUGUUUUUUGAGGAGUCCUGAUAGUGACAACUUUGAAGUGACUGUUUUAUGAUGUCCAGACACUUUUUUUAAGCUGAGAGGCACCAAAGCUCUUCAGCGCUAUUCAUGCGAUCAGCUUUGCUGGUUUCUUGUUGACAUGAGUGUGAGUGUAUGAUACAACAGCCUUACUCAAGGAUCAGCCAUCCUCUUGGCCAACUGAAGGAAUGCCUCCAGGAAUUAGGACUUAUAUCCAUCCUGAACUUAUUUUUAAUUGUAUCCGCAACAAACUAUAAACUGCAUAUGAGACAUGUAAUGUGUUGGAUGCUUUGAACCCUUGUCAAAGGUUUGUUUCCUCCCUCACAAUGAGGUAUUUAUUUACACAUUGAUACAUUGGGUUGUAUCUUAAAUAGAUUCUAGUAAUCUCCUCUAGUCUGUCCUCAGUGUCCCAAACAAAGAAAAUGCAUGUAAAGUAUUUCUGUAACUCUUAAGGGUAUCACCUUGAAAAAAAAAGACAAAAAUACAGACUUGUGGUCAUGGUGUCUUUGUUUCUACAUCAAACAGAAAAAGUAUUUCUGAAGGUAUCGUUCAGUUGCAGAUAAAGUAAAUAUUUCAUGUCAUGUCUAUUUAAAUUUUCAUGUGCUGAACAAUCGUUCAUGAUUA